AUGGCUGCGAAUCGUGCUGGUAUCAAAUCUUGUAAUGCGAUCCUCGAACGCGAAAGAAUGAAACGUCAAGUUGGAAUGAAAAAACUGGCUGAAAUCGAGAAAAAGAUCGAAGCAGCAAAAUUAAAACGUGCACGAAUCGAUGCAUUUUUCAAUAAUUUGAUUGAAAAAGAAAAAGCGAAGCGAAGUGAAAUUGACAAAGUUCAAUGCUCAAAAGUUUCAUUGAAGAAAUCAUCGAGGAAACGAUUAAACAACAAAGGUGUAAAUACAAGACUUAAACAGACGAAAGGAAAAAAUUGA